GUGUGUGUGUGUGUGUGUGUGUGUUUGUGUACGUUGCUUCCCUUUGUCCCUUUUCUCUUCACAGUGCUCCCACCGGUGUCUGGAAAAACAGUGUCUCCCACCAGAGCACGGAACAUGAAGGAUUUUGAAAAUCAAAUCACCGAGUUAAAGAAAGAAAACUUUAACCUAAAGCUCCGCAUCUAUUUCCUCGAGGAGAGAAUGCAGCAGGAGUUUGAUGGCCCCAUUGAACAUAUCUGUAAAACCAACAUUGAGCUCAAGGUGGAAGUGGAAAGUCUGAAGCGGGAGCUCCAAGAGAGAGAAAAGCUGCUCCUGAAGGCCUCCAAAGCCGUGGAGAGCCUGGCUGAAGGAGGGGGCUCCGAGCUUCAGCGGGUGAAGGAAGAGGCUCAGAGGCAGGUACAGCAGGUGGAGGAGCUCCUGACACAGCGAAUCCGCCUUCUGGAGGAGGAUGUGAAAACCUCCCGAGCAGAACUGGAAAAGGCCCUGGCAGGGACCGAAACGGAGAUGACUCUUCGGAUGAACUUGGAAAACCAGCUGGCAGAGAUGCGGCAGCUGUGCCAGGACGGUCUGGAAAAGGCUCGGGCCGUGGAGGAGAAGGACAGACUGAUUGAGGAGUUGAAGCUGUCUUUGAAGAGCAAAGAAGCCAUAAUCCAGAGCCUUAAAGAAGAGAGAUCUCAGGUGGCAUCGCCUGAGGAGAACGUAGCAUCUGGAGAACUUGGAGGCCUUUCUGCGACUCUGAGGGAAGAAAAGGAGCGAGAAAGUAAGGCCGCACAACACCAGGAGGAGAGACAACACUUGGAAGCGCAGAUUCAGGCACUUGAGGAGGACCUGCGAGAGAAGGAAAGAGAAAUUGUGACAGAAAAGAAAAAUAGUUUCAAGAGGGAUAAAGCCAUUCAGGGCCUAACCGUGGCAUUAAAGUCAAAGGAAAAAGAGGUUGGAGAACUUAGCUCUGAAAUAGAAGAGCUCAAAGCUGCCUUCCACGGAGCCAGGGAGGCUGCCCAGAAAGCUGAGGCCGAGAAACUCCAGGGCUCUGAAGAUUAUGAGGCCGCCCUGUCCGAAAAGACAGCCCUGCUGACUGAGCUGCAAUCGGAAAACCUCAGCAAGAACACUGAGAACCAGAAACUGCGCCGGAGCAUCAAGAAGGUCACCCAGGAGCUGUGCGACCUGCAGCAGGAGAAGCAGAGGCUGGAGGGGGACCUAGAGGCUGCCCUGGGAGAGAAGAGCCAAGGAGACGCCGCCAUUCGUGACCUGAAGAGUGAAGUUGAAAAAUUGCGCCACGAGGCAGAGGAAAGAGAGAAAGCUGCGGAGAAGCGGUACGAGAGCCUUUUGAGCCAGAGUCAGCAGAAGCUGCAGGACCAGGAGCGGGAGCUCAGGCGCCUCACGGAGAAUGCCAGUCAGAGGAGCGUGUUAGUUCAGGAAAAGCAACAAUUAGACUACGAGGAGCUGCUGCAGGUCUUAAAGAAAGAGCUGGACAUCUAUACCCACCUGAUAAAAUCUCUGCAGGACUCAGGCAGUCUCAACAACCUGCAGGCCGAGCUGGGCAGCAUUUCAGCCUUGAGGAAGCAGCUGGAGGCAGACGUGCUUUCCUACCAGAAUUUGAAAAGGACCCUGGAGGAGCAGAUCUGCGAGAUCCGAAGGCGGGAAGAAGAAUCACUUUCCUUUUAUAGUGAUCAAACCUCUUACCUGAGUAUUUGCCUUGAGGAGCACAAUCGGUUUCAAGUGGAGCAUUUUUCUCGAGAAGAACUUAAGAAAAAGGUCAGCGACCUCAUUCAGCUCGUGAAGGAACUCUACGCAGACAACCAACACCUGAAGAAAACCAUUUUAGAUUUCUCCUGUCUGGGUUUUCCAGGCGGCGAAGAGUCCACAGGGCGAACGGAGCUUCUGGCUAGCCAGGAGGACGAGGACACCCUCCGAAGUGGAGAGGACGAUGAGGACCAUCUCCCGAGUGACCAGAACGUGGAGGAGAGCAGCAAGGGACCACAGGACCAUUCCGGAGAGCACUGCCAAAAUGGAUCCUUCCAGCUUGCGGAUUCCACUAUUGUGGACCAUGAGGGUGGCCCAGGAGAACAGAGCCUGGAAGAGAGGGAGCUCCUGAACUUGCUCGGCCCUUUCUUCAGCGAGAAGGCUGCCAUGUUCCUGGAAUCCAGGCCAGAACUUCUUGAACUGCUCUGGGAACUGCUACUGGAACGAAUGUGCGUGAUAGAGCAAGAGGUGCUGGGACAGCGCUCGGACAGCAAGACCGUGAAGGUGCUGAAGCAAAUAGCCACGCGGCUGAAAGACGAACCGGGACACUUCAUCCACGCUGACUCGUUUGCUGAGCCAUACGGCGCGUGCAGGUUGCUCUGCGAAGGCCCACGGCCCAAGGCAAGCGAGGACGCCAAACCCGAGCUCAAAGAUGCCUCUGCGCAGACCGUGACCAUGGAGGGCGACGCUCCCUGCUUCAGGGAGCAUGAGGGCAGGAGAGAGCCCUGGGAAGAGAAGCCGCCCGAUGUCCGGUGCAGUGCUGAGCACCAGCCUGAGCACUUGCAGAAGAUGCAAGGGCGGCAGGAUGCCAAGAAGUCCCGCCUGCCCGUCCCCAUCAAGCCAUCCUGGUCCCUGGGGAGCGUGUCCCAACUCCCUGACACCCAGGCCGUGGAGGCCCAGCUGCAGGGCCAGAUCCUGGAGCUGCAGGCGGAGCUGAAGGAGUUUAAACUCCGCAAUAAGCAACUUCACCACCAGCUAAUUCUGGCAGAAGCCAUGAUGGAGGGGAGGCCCGCUGCAGACCAGGCGCCCCCCAACGGUAAGCACCCGAGGAACAAACUCUACGCCCACCAGCACAUGGAGCGCUGCAACUGCCUGCUGUGCCAGCCCUCUGAGGGAGCAGCGUACCAGGAGCACCUGGGAGAGCAGGACGCGGUGACCGAUGUCUGGACAGACCUGGAGAGGGAUGGCGCUCAGCAAAGGUACAAGAAUGGGCUCAUCUACAAGGAGCAGCUGCAGAACCCAAACAGCAAGAACAGUCUGAUCAAGGAUUUUGUCAUUCUUUUAGCUCCCACACCACCUCUCAAGCCAAUAUGGCUGCGUCUCUGGGGGCUUUAUAGCAGCCGGAGGAAAUACUCUCCGCAGGUCUCUAAGGCAGGGAUGCCAGGCAUCCAGGCAUCGCCUGCACUGGUACCUGGUUCAGACCAGGUGCUGAGUAAUGUGAAGAGGAAAAUGAGCCCCAGCAGGGAAGGACUUGGUGCCUGGUUCGCAGGGAUGGGGUUUCUGAACAAGGCUUUGUUCAGGGUGGUGAAGGGCACCAGAUGCAGCGACAAGAUUUCUAUGUGGUCUUGGAUUGUGGGCACAGUGUUAGGUGCUGGGAAAGCUGGUCAUCAUGCCAGAUUCACCCAGGAGGACGGGCUAAAAGACCUUGAGACUCUCCAGCCCAAAGACCUUCCCCUCUCACUCACAACCGAACCGCCUUCUCUUGACAUUCCGGACCCGACUUCCCCCAGUCCUUCCCCGGAUUGCACAAGCCAACGUACCAUCACUGCCAGAGGCCCCGAGACCCAUCUUCAGCCCGAGGACACCGAUGCCUCCAAUGACACAGCCGUCUUGAAACGGAAAAUCUCUGACUUGGAGACUGAGAACCAGGUCUACCGGGACUUCUUCUCCCAGCUUCAGAAGCGCUCGCAGUGCAGCGAAGCCAUUGUCACAGUCCUGUGUGGGACGGAAGGGGCCCAGGAUGGUGCCCACCAGCUCUCGGGGCGUAGCACUGAGGAGGAAGAAAUGACCUUUCCAAGGCUGCGCCAAGUGCACUAUGUGAAACACAUGAAAAUCCUCCAUCCGCUGGCCUCGGAGAUGACCCAGGACAAAAUGCUAGAGAGCCUCCAGAAGCAGCUGGUGGAGCAGGACUCUGAGCCGCAGAAGGAGCAGAGUUUGAACGUGGAGCUACUCCAUCACCUCCCCCACAAAUUCCGAGAUCUCUCCCCCUCCAGAUACGAUUCGUUAGUUCAGUCCCAAGCCAGGGAGCUCUCCCUUCAACGACAGCAGAUCAAAGAUGGCCGUGGCAUCUGUGUCGUUUGUCGCCAGCACAUGAGCACCAUGAUUAAGGCGUUCCAGGAGUUGCUGCAGGCGAGCGACGUGGAUUACUUCGUGGCCGAGGGUUUCCAGGAGCAGCUGAAUCGAUGUGCUGAGCUGCUGAAGAAAUUGGAAACACUCUUCUUCGGCGGCAAAUCAGCAGAAGUGGAAAUGAGCCCCCAGAAUGAAGAGCUGGAGAGGGUUGAAGGGGACAACGCAACCUACCAGCAUCUCCUGCCGGACUCUUCCGGACCCUCAGUCUCUCACGGUCUGUCUGACUAUGACCUGUCAGAGAAGUCAUCCUCCUCCCGGGACCAGAAGCCAGACAGUGAGACAGAGAAGACUUCGGUGGGGGCCAACAUUCUUUCUCAAGACCUAUUAAUGGAACAUAUACAAGAAAUUCGAAGUUUGAGGAAACGUUUAGAAGAAUCUAUUAAAACAAAUGAGAAGCUACGGAGACAGCUGGAGCGGCAGGGGUCUGAACCAGACCAAGGUGCAGCCAACGUGAUGGCUUACGGUUCAGAGCUGCACAGUUCUCUAACAUCAGAAAUUCAUUUCCUGCGGAAGCAGAACCAAGCUCUCAAUGCCAUGCUUGCGAGAGGAUCCAGAGAUAAACAGAAGGAGAAUGAGAAGUUGCGGGAAUCCCUGUCCAGAAAGACGGCCAACUUCGAGCGCCUUCAGCAAGAAUAUGCCUGGCUGAAGGGCGAGAGGGAACGACUGCAGGGAGAGCUGGCUGAGAGCGAACGGCACAACCAGCAGCUGCUGCAGGAGGCCUGUCACACCCGCAGGGAGCUGUGCAGGGUGCAGGAGGAGGUGGAGUUGAAGCAGCACCUGCUCUCUCAGAAUGACAAACUGCUCCAGGCCCUCCGCGUGGAGCUGAAGGUGUACGAGAAGCUGGACAAGGAGCACGGGAUGCCGAGAGACACCAGAGCUGAGGCGUCUGGAGAAGGCUGGAGGGGGCAGGCCCCCCUCGCCGACCUGCCCAGCCUCCUGGCGGAGAUCCAGGCUCUGCGGGCCCAACUGGAGACGAGCAUCGAGACCAACCGGACGCUGCAGAGCAAGUUGGAGGAGCAGCUAGUGCCGCCGCCCAAGGAGAACCCCCAAGGCCCGGCCCGGCCCAGCCCUGAGCCGCCCCAGCAUUUGGACGAACACGAUGGCGACAUCGAUCCUGGUCCCAUGGCAACUGAUAAUUCCUUCGAUCUGUUUGACUCCAGAAUGGCGAUGCCAUCAAGAUCAGCGUCUGACGCUCCGCCACUCUCUUGCAACGAUGUGGACUCCAUCUCUUGCGACAGUGGCAGCUCUGCCAUCAGCGCCACUUACAAGUCUCCCUCAGUCCCUGAGGGAUGCCCAUGGGCGAGCCCGGAUGGCCGCCAUGUCCUGGGCCUGCUGGAGGACUAUGACACGCUGUGCAAGCAGAUUGGCCAAGGCCAGAAGCUCCUGGUGGAGAUGGAGAUGGACAGUCGGAUCCAAGAGGCUCCCAACCCCAGUGGCCGAGACUUGGGGUCCACAGCUCCACCUCCCGCAGCCACCGACCCUCUCGUCGCCCGCAUGAGCACGGCCAGGCUGGUCCUAGAGAAGGCCACAAAGUUGCUGACGCUCUUCUGGAAGGUCUCACUCCCUGCCAACGGCAGACAGUGCUCACUCCACUGCGAGCAGACUGGGGAAAUGAAGGCCGAGAUCACCAAACUCCAGAAAAAACUCCUUGAGCAAGAGAAGAAGCUGCAAAGCACCAUGAAGCACUUGCAGCUGAGCAAGCACCAGGAGAGAGUCAUCUUUGACCAACUGCUCGUGACUCACAAGAUUCUCCGCAAGGCCAGAGGGAACCUGGAGCUCAGGCCUGGUGGGACCCACGUGGGAACACCCAGCCCCAGCAGACCGGGCUCCUGAGGACGACUCGCUGCCAAUAAAGCCUGUGUCUCCGCUC